CAGUUUUGCGCUCGUCAAUCGAUAAUUGUCACAUCGAAUCGAUACGCGCAACUGUUGAAUUAUAUGGGAGCUAACCGUUUAUUUUCUCAGCUUUUCCGAGAUUUCCCCGACAAAUGUGCUUUCUCCGAUUCUUGGCCCAAGCCAGGAGCACCUUGGGACGGCAUCUGGCGGAUGCCUCACCAGUUGCCUGGGCAGCUGCUACCGACGUUACCGGCCGGAAAUUACAUCUGGUGAUGGGCAACGAAUCGUGUGACCUGGACUCCGCCGUUUCAGCAGUCACUUUGGCGUUUGUCUACGCCCAGCGCCAUCGGGAGCACGACUAUGUACCUAUACUGAACAUUCCUCGCCGGGAUUACCCCUUAAAAACCGAGGUGGGCCACCUGUUCGUGAAGUGUGGCAUUGCCGAGCCCGUGUUGCUCUUCCGAGACGAUAUUCCGCGGGAAGUAGUCCAGGAUGUGAACGUUAUUCUCGUGGACCACCAUGUAAGCCCGCUGGCACCAAAUGUAACUGAGAUUUUGGAUCACAGGCCCUUGGAGGACAGCAGUCCAUCCUUCAAGAAGCUGCCAACACUCUGCCAACUGGACAUAGAUGCGUCGGUAGGUUCCUGCGCCUCUCUGGUGGCCCAACGGUAUUUCGCUGAGGACCAACCCAGAUCAACUGGCGUGGCUCAGCUGCUGCACGCCACCAUCGUCCUGGACACAAUUAAUUUUGCCCCAGCGGCCAAGCGCUACGGACCCAAGGACGAAGCUAUGGUACAGAAGUUGGAAAGCGAGCUCAAAUAUGGAGUCGCUCAAAGAAGCAGCCUUUUUGAUGAGCUGGUGGCUGCAAGGGCGGAUAUUAGUAAGCUAACUCUCACCGAAGUUUUGCGCAAGGAUAUGAAGGUCUUACAAACCGAUCGUCAGGUGGUGCCCUUAGCUGGAAUGCCCAUCCUCGUCCGAGAUUUUGUGGAGAAAAGCGGCGCAGAGAAAGCCGUUCGCGAGUUUGGCGUGGAGAGUAAUCUUUUGGUUAUCCUGGGAAUGUAUGUAUCACCUGCCGAUGGCCAAGUGCAGCGUGACCUGGCUCUGAUCUCUCUCUCCGGCCAAAGCCAAUUUGUUGAACGCGUCCGGCAGGCACUGAUGGAGUCUAACGAGCCCAAACUGGAGCUGCGCCCUCACGAGGUGGACACCCGCUUCAUGGGCGGCUGCUUCUUGCGUCAACACAACGUCCAGGCCACCAGAAAGCACAUCCUUCCCAUCGUAAAGCGCGCUCUGCUUGAAUGGGAGGCGGAUCACGGCUGCGACUGUGACGAGGUGUACUUCUUCAAGGAGAAGCCGCAGCUGGGACUCUCUUAAGGCGAGGUCGGGCCAUCAUCGGGCAGCUUAGGCAAGACUUAGCUAGAAUUUUAGCGCCACCAUUAUGUUACCAACGUUAAGCUUACACCAAAAAGGCAUAGAGAAUUUUUCAUUUAAGGUGAAUUGUCGAAAUUUUUGAAUGCACUUCGUCAGUUUAUAAUGUAAUAGGUUGAAGCGAGUGAAAUAUUGAAGCAAUCAGUAUUCCAAAUAUAAGUUACUUUGCGACCUUGGUAACAUAAAGGCAAAUUA